GUCGGUGGUCUACGGUGAAGUGAGUUCACGCGUUGCACAGCAUCCAAUUCCUGGAAAAUUAUUGGGGAACAGACGAUCGAUAACGCGAUCGUUCGACGAUGAUGAUCUUCGUUCAUGGGUGUGCUGCCUGAUUUCAGACAUAAUCUUUUAUUUUGGAUUGGUAAACAGUGAGACGGCUUAGUGAUUGAACAAAGCAAAGUAUAUUUUUUUUUCGAGGAUAAAAUGAGACUGUGCAUGAUAUGGGGCUUCCUAUUCCUUAUGGGGAGACACAUCGUCUUAGCCGAUCCCGAAGCCGAUCCAUCGGAGGAGUUAUUGAAUCGAUUCCACCAGCCCAAAAAUCACAAGGAAGACAAAUGUUACGAUGAGAACGGCAGACCGCAGAGAUGCAUACCAGCGUUCGAGAACGCAGCUUUCAACGUGCUUAUGGAGGCGACCAACACGUGUGGCGAGGAACGUCCUAUCGAGUUCUGCAAGCAGACGGGCGUGCAGAAUAAGUCAUGCGAAAUCUGCCGAUACGGCGACCACUCGGCAUCUUUUCUUACUGAUCACGAUAACAACGACAAUGCUACCUGGUGGCAGUCCGACACUUUAUACGAGGGUAUCGAUAUUGACCCUACUCAGGUCAAUCUCACCCUUCACUUGGGCAAAACGUUUGACAUAACGUAUGUCAGAGUGCUAUUCGAGUCACCACGGCCGGAGAGUUGGGGUAUCUACAAACGAAAGAAUGAGAAGUCAUCGUGGGAACCUUAUCAGUUUUACUCGGCAUCAUGCCGGGACACGUACGAGCUGCCAGAAUCUAAAGAGACCGUGCGCGGCGAAGACACCCGCGUGCUGUGCACCUCUGAAUUCUCCGAUAUCUCGCCACUCAUCAAGGGCACCGUUGCCUUCUCGACUUUGGAGGGCCGACCGUCUGCAUAUUACUUCGAAACCAAUCCUGAACUUCAAGAAUGGGUGCAAGCAACGGACUUGAGGAUCACCUUGGACAGAUUAAACACGUUUGGCGACGAAGUUUUCGGCGAUGCGCAAGUGUUGAAAUCUUACUAUUAUGCGAUAGCUGACAUAGCAGUUGGCGCAAGAUGCGCUUGUAACGGCCACGCCGGAGAAUGCGUGAACAGCACCAGUGUCGACGGCAGAACUCGUAGAGUUUGCCGGUGUGAACAUAAUACCGCUGGUCCAGACUGCAACGAAUGCUUACCUUUUUACAACGAUGCUCCUUGGGGACGUGCCACGACUACGGACGCACAUGAAUGCAAACCUUGUAACUGCAAUGGAUACUCGGAUAGAUGCUACUUUGACAAAGAACUGUACAAGGCAACAGGUCAUGGAGGUCAUUGUUUGGAUUGCCGAGCGAACCGAGACGGUGCGAAUUGCGAGCGAUGUCGCGAAAAUUACUACCAACAUCCUGAGAGCAACUAUUGCAUUGCUUGCAAUUGUAACGAGAUCGGUUCGAGAAGCUUGCAAUGCAACAGCGAAGGUAAAUGUCAAUGUAAACCUGGCGUGACGGGGGAUAAAUGUGAUCGUUGCGCAGACAAUUUUUAUAAUUUUGGCUCGUUCGGCUGCACUUCCUGCGAUUGCAACUUGGCGGGAUCGGCGAACAACUUCCCCAGAUGCAAUAAUGUCACGGGAAUUUGCGUCUGCAAGGAGAACGUUGAAGGAGAACGUUGUAGCGAGUGUCGUCCGGAUUAUUUCAAUCUGGCGGUGGACAAUGAGUUCGGUUGCACCCCUUGCUUCUGCUACGGCCACUCCUCAAUCUGUCGGCCGGCGACCGGUUACUCGAAGUUACUCAUCGAGAGUAUGUUUGUGCGAGGAAAUGAACGUUGGACUGCAAAUGUAGCCGGCAAUCCGAUUCCGUUGCAUUAUGAUGCGCUAACGCAGACGAUCUCCGUUACGGCACUCGAUCGCGACAACGUGUACUUCCUUGCGCCCGACAGAUUUCUCGGAAACCAACGCGCGUCUUACAAUCAGGACUUGUCAUUCAUACUUAGAAUAGGAGAAACCGGUCCAGCUGCUACAGUUCGCGAUGUAAUCUUGGAGGGUGCAAACGGCGAGCAGAUCACACAACCGAUCUUCGGUCAGAAGAAUCGCUUGCCGACCGUCACACCCCAAGAAUAUCGGUUCAGAUUGCACGAGCAAUAUGGAUGGGAGCCUCGAUUAUCCUCUCGAGCCUUCAUGUCGAUUUUGUCGAACCUGACAGCGAUAAAGAUUCGCGGAACUUUCACGCAUCAAGGCCGUGGAUUUUUGGAUGACGUGAAGCUGGAGACAGCUCAUCGCGGCGCGGCCGGUGAACCAGCUGAUUGGGUAGAACAUUGUCAGUGUCCUGCCGGUUACGUCGGCCAGUUUUGCGAAUCGUGCGCACCUGGAUAUCACCAUGAUCCACCUAACGGCGGCCCGUUCGCCACCUGCGCCAAGUGCAACUGUAACGGCCACGCCGACAUCUGCGAGGCUGAGACUGGACAAUGUAUCUGUCAACACAAUACCGCAGGAAGCAAUUGUGAAUUAUGUAGCAGAGGAUAUUACGGUUAUCCAUUGAAACAAACUCCGGACGAUUGCAAACCAUGCCCUUGUCCUGACAAUGGUCCUUGCAUUCUUAUGGGUGAUAAUCCAGACCCCAUCUGCUCAGAAUGUCCUAAUGGCAGGACUGGACGUAGAUGCGAAGUAUGUUCAGAUGGUUAUCACGGGAAUCCUGAAAUAGGUGUGGCUUGUCAUCUCUGUGAUUGUAAUAAUAACAUCGAUUUAAAUGCGGUUAAAAAUUGUAACAAUCGAACGGGAGAAUGUCUCAAGUGCGUCAAUAAUACGGCGGGCUUUCAUUGCGAGGAAUGUCUGCCAGGAUAUUACGGAGACGCAUUGUCAGAUCGUAAGGAAGAUGGAUGUAAGCUAUGUCAGUGUUAUCCACCUGGUACUGUGGAGCUUGAUGAUGGAAGAGUCGCGCCUUGCGAUCAAUUGACAGGGCACUGUACCUGCAAGCCGCACGUUGUCGGUCGCAAUUGUGAUAAGUGCGAAGAAGGCUAUUAUCAUAUUAUGAGCGGAGAGGGAUGCACGCCUUGCAACUGUGAUCUUGAAGGUUCUUACAAUCGCACUUGUAACCCGAUAACGGGCCAAUGUCAGUGCCGAUCCGGGAUUACUGGUCAACGGUGUGACGCCUGUGAAUCCUAUAAGUACGGAUUCAGUCGUGAGGGCUGCAAGCCUUGUGAUUGCGACAGCAUUGGCUCCCAGCAGUUACAAUGUGAUCCAAAUGGACAAUGUCCUUGCCUGCCAAACGUCGAAGGUAGACGCUGCGAUCGCUGCAAAGAGAACAAACAUAAUCGUCAGCACGGCUGUGUCGACUGUCCUGAUUGUUACAAUCUCGUACAAACGGCGGUCGAUGAUCAUCGACGGCGCUUAGCCGAACUCGAGAACACCCUGCAUAAAAUCAACAGCAGUCCUACCGUCAUCAAAGAUUCAGACUUUGAGAAAGAACUCAAGAACGUCCAGGAUAGAGUAAAAGCUUUAUUGACUAUCGCCAAGCAAGGAUCUGGCAGUGAAAAUAAAACGUUGGUGGAACAGCUGGACGAGCUGCGUGAACAAUUAAAUACAAUCGACAAGAUUUAUCAGACUGUAGAUGUGACGACGGAUGAUGCACGCGAUAUAACCGAAGAAGGUUUAACGAGCAUCGAUGAAGCUGAAAAAGUUUUGGACAAAAUCUAUGAACAACUAACGGAUGCGGAGGAUUACUUGGCCUUGGAUGGAGCAAGCGCUUUGGCUCAUGCAAAAUCGCGUGCCGAAGAAGUUGGUCAGCAAAAUCAACAGAUGACUUCGAUCGCGCAGCAGGCUCGCCUACAUGCUGAAGUGAAUACUAACGAAGCCAAGAAGCUUCACAUGCUGGCAGAGCAAGCACGAAAUACGACAUUAGAGGCUUAUAAUCUUGCAAAGCAAGCAAUAUCAAAGAAUUCUAAUAUAACGAAUGAAAUAAAAGAUCUGGAAAACAAGUUAGUGCAGUUGGAGGAUCGUAUGGACGAAGUGAGAAAUCUGACUAAUAUUGCGGCGGCUAAAUCCUCGACUGUCUCUCAGGAGGCGUUAGACUUGCUAAUUCUCGAUCUAACGCUUCCCUCAAUCAACAUCGAACAAUUGCAGCAACAAGUGGAAAGCGUCAGCAACGAGGGAUUGCGAAUAAAAGAGCAGGCGCAGCUUUUAUUGGAGCAAAACGAGAAUUUUAUCAAAGAAAUGGUGGAAAAAAUUAGAAAAAGCGAAGAACUUUUAGAAAGAGCUCAAGAUCAACAAGCUGCCACAGCUGAACUUCUAGCUGAGUUGGACGAAGCGAAUGAGACUGCGAAUGACGCCAUUAAUCGUAGCAAUCAGACUCUGAAAGAAGCUCAGGAAACCCUGAACAAAUUGGGAGAAUUUGAUGCUGAAGUGCAACGCGAACGUGUCAAGGCUCAGGAUGCUUUAAAGAACAUUCACAGUAUUGAAGAAUUGAUUCGUAAUGCCAAUCAAAAAGCUGAAGAUAUGACGAUAGUGAUAAAUGGAGCGGGGAAUAGUGUCGAUAAUGCGCGAAAAGUAGCCCAGAACGCUCAGACUUAUGCAGAUAAAGCAAGCGUUAACGCGAACGAUAUUAGGAUAGAAGCGAAUAAAACAAAGAUUGAAGCUCUACGACUGGAAAGCGAAGCUCAGAAACUGCAUCUCAGAGUUGAUAUCACAGAUACGGUAAUGAAACAAUACGAGAGUCAGAUGGCUAAUGACGCUAAUGCCACAGCCGAGGCAAAUCACAAAGUCGGCCAAGCAAAGACCAAUGUGACUCUUGCAUCGCAACAAGUUGAUAAAGCUUUAUCCGAAGUAACCGAGAUUAUUAGAGAACUCGAGAAUCUGCCGGAAAUAGACGACGCAGACUUGAAUCGCCUAGAAGAACGCCUGGUCGCUGCCGAAAAAGAAAUUAAAGCCGCAAAUCUGGACCAACGAAUUCGCGCGUUGACGGACGCGAAAAAUCUACAGACGCAAUGGGUUAAAAAUUAUGAAGAUGAGGUCAACAGGCUGCGAAUAGAAGUGGAGAAUAUCGAUGAUAUCCGGAAGGCUUUACCUACUGAUUGUUAUCAACGCGUUCGUCUUGAACCUUGAAAUUUAUUCCUUUUUACCUUAUCAUUAUUUGCAUAAUUUUUUAAAAAUAUAUUAAAUCAUUAAAACAUUAAAAUUCCGCGUAUUUUGUGUUAAGACUCGAGGAUUUUUAAUUUGAUUGUUACAGCUUGAUAUGCGUGCAUGUAUUUAUGUAUGUAUAUACGUAUGUGUGUAUGUAAAAAUAUCAGAGAAAUUUUUAUUAUUUUUACAAUAUCAAAUGACAAGUUUCUUAUUUAAUCUAUUUGAUGAUUGAAAAGCAUUUUGCAUACUAGGUUAAAAUUUCAUGCAUAAAUAUAUACAUACAUACGAUGGAAAAAAAUGUUUUAUACCAAAGAUUUUCUUAUAUGUAUUGGAGGAUUAUCAUUUUAUCGUUCAAUCUGCAUCUAUUCUAAUGAUUACUAAUUAUGUAUAAAUAUGUAUAUAGAUCUGUAUACAUCCAUACAUGCAACUGCCAUAUUCAUCGUCUAGAAUGAUUUAGAAUUUAAAAAAACAAUUACGAUAAUUGGUGAAACAAUGUUUUCCAACAAUAUCCUUUUUGGAGGAACAAAACAUUCUGGAAUGAUGAAAAGAUCAUGAAUAAAACAAAAUUGAAAAAUU